CUCAUGGGGCAGGGGGGGACUCAUGGCUUCUCAUCAAGCGUUCCUCCAGUUUCGGUUUUCUUUUCUGAUUUCUGUGUCCGUGAUGAUUUCCUUUCCAUGAAACGGGCGAAGUUCCUCACUUCUCCCCGAGCGCAACUCAGAGCAGGCAGCGCCAGCCCUCGACUGGAAGACGUUGAGUUUCCUUUCGUUUUCUCUCGCGCUUUUGCCCGACGACGUCUGGACGGGGGAGUCCUCCUCCUGCUUUCUUCAGCCCCUUCCUCACAGCCCCAUCUCCGCUCAGUCAAAGCAGAAAGGUAAGUCAAGGGACGGGUUGAUCUCAUCCGCAAGGAAAAGGCGCUCCAGGGGAACCGCGCUUCCCGUCUGCGCUUGACUCCCUCUCGCAAAAGAGCGACAGACUCCGGAGGGACCCCCCUUCUGGCACAGCUGGGGACUCAGAUUAAAUGCAGAAGAAGACCAGGGUAAAUUAACCCGGCUUGGUGUUAGUCGCAAGGGACACCUAAAGAUGGGUCGAAGUGGAAAGAGGAAAUCGCAACACAAUUCCACAGCCUAAAGCUAAGGAUUCCAUGAUUUUCAUUUUUGGAAACGGAAUCAUUCUAGAUAAACGCUAGAUAAUGCUUAAUUUUGCUUGUUUAAAAAACCACAUGAUUUCCAAGGUCUUUAAAACAUAGUUUUUUGUUGUUUGUAGUAUGUCUGCUCCAGGUACUUCAGCUGAAAUUUUGGAGUGGUUCAGAGCCCAUAAAAUGGAGAUUUCUCUUGCAAUUAGAGACCUGUUUCCUUUUCUCCAUGGCCUACGAGACAAGAAUAUAAUCUCUGAAGAAAAUUUUCAGGUGACUAUUGUAUCUAACUGAUGCAAUUAUUUUCUGGUUAGAUUCCUACUUUGUUAAUUCAUUGUAAAUUUGCUGUUUUUUAAUUGAUUAUAAUUUAGUAAUGAUUUCUUGCUAUUGUUGAGAGUGAAUUUCUGUUUGAUUAUUAUUUGUUGAUACUUUGGGAGUGUCGUGCUUUAUUCUAAUUGAUUAUCACAUAUUCCUUUAUUUGAUAUAAGAUAUUUAUUUUAAGUCACAUUUUUAUUAUGACGUCUUUGUUUUGCACCGGAUUGUUAUGUGUGUCCUUGUAUAUUUUGUUGGUUCUUCAUAUUGUAAACUGUCUUGUGUAUAUAGAAAGAUGGUAUACAAAUUAAAAGUGAAAUGAAAUGAAAUAGCAGCAGCUGGGAUAGCUAAAUUGGUUAGAACAUGGUGCUGAUAACACCAAGACUGCAGGUUUGAUUCCCGCACAGGACAGCUGCAUAUUCAUCCAUUGCAGAGGGUUGGACUCAAUCAUUCUCAGGGUCCUUUCCAAUUGCGCAAUUCUACGAUAAUAAUAAUUAUAAUUUAUUAUUUAUACCCCACCCAUCUGGCUAGGUUUCCCCAACCACUCCCCAAAACACAAUACAGCAUUUAACAUUAAAAACUUCCCUAAACAGGGUUGCCUUCAGAUGUCUUCUAAAAGUUGGAUAGUUGUUUAUUUCCUUGACAUCUGAUGGGAGGGCAGGCACAGGGCAAGCGCUGCUAUUGAAAAGGCCCUCUGCCUGGUUCCCUGUAACCUCACUUCUUGCAGUGAGGGAACUGCCAGAAGGCCCUUGAUGCUGAUUCUACGAUUCCAUCCAGGUUGUGGCUUGUUUCUGAAAAAGUGGCCUUGAGUCUUCCUCUGCCAUUGGUAAAAGGCAUAGGAUAGGAUGUUAGUGUUCAGAGACAUGUAAGCUGCGCAACGUAUUUGAAGUUGGCAAAGGAGAAGAAAAUUGUUAGUGUAAUUUCUGCUUCCUUUGAUUGUGCUGGGAUGAUUAUCCAAAUAAUCUGCUGUUAGAUCUGGUGGGAAAUGGGAAAGUUACUCUGUAUUUUCAGUCUAAAAGAUGUUUUGAAGACAGAGAUUUGAAAAACCCUGUAUUGUUUCUUUCUAGAAUUGGCAAGAUUGGGUAACUGCAAAUCCAAAUGAUAUUCAAAGAGUGGUAUACGAUGUGCUUGAGAACAUUCAGGGCGAUCUGUCAGCAAUAGAGGAGAUCUUCUGCAGCAGUAACCUGGCAGCAUAUCAAGACUUACGGCCACUAUAUGAAAGCCUAGGAAAUGGUAAAUCAUCUUGUAUUGGGGACUAAACCUACCAGUUGAGCCUUAAAGAUAUAUAGCCAAAAAGAAACAAAUUCAUUUGGAUUUGAGGAAUGGUAUAGUCAGUGUUUGAGCCACAAAGCCUUGUUCAAGUCUUUCCACAGCCAUGCAUUCACUGUUUCAGUCCUCUGCCUGCCACCACAAACGACAUACUUGUGCAUUAAUUUAUGUAUUGAAAAUUAUUGAUAGGCUGGUGUUUAUUUUGAAAUAUAAUAAUGUGGUUUACAAAAUAAAACCAGUUCGCCAGAAUAACGAUAAAACAUAAACCAGCAUAUUCAAAGUUCAGUAAAGCUGGUCCUAAGGAUCAUUGCCGAGGAGUGCCUAUGCAAAUAGGUAAGUUUUCACCAGCAGGCAGAGCAGCUGCAUUCCCCUGUAAAGUGGGGGCCACAGUAGAGAAGGCCCUUCUCUGGGCCCCAUAAGAUGCACAUUUUCUGGAUGCGGCACGACUAGUAGGUCCUCUUUUGAGUUGCCGUAAGACACACCAUGAUUAGAAAGCUUCCAGAGAUGACAGCGAGCAGGUUGCCUUCAGACUGCUGUCAUUUGUUGGCAGCCCAAAAUAUGGGAACUGUAACCUUUGACAUCCGUUUCUUCAUUUCAUCUUGGAAAAGGGACACAAGAGCAAAAUCUGGAUUUCCAGGGCACGACACUGCCCGUAACCUGUGGAACAGCACAAGGCACUUUACAUAUGGAUAUAUUUGCAACAGGUAAUCAUUUGGAAGAGUAAAUGUAUAAUUACAUCUGUUUAAGGAAUGUGAUACCAAUAGCAAAUUUAAAAAUUGGUGUUUGCAUAAAUGUGUGGUGUUGGGAGGAGGAUGCAUCAAUGUGGGUGGUAUGUGAGUAUCUUUCAUUUUCUGGGAAUACUUCGAAUACUAAUAUCCUAUAAAGCUCUUUAAUUAUAUUCCACUGUAUCCUGUAAACCUGGGCAAGCCUAAAAUAAUUCCAUCAGUACCAGAAUGGUGCAAUCGGUGCUUUUGAAAUCUUUCCCUAUUUAUUUAUUUAUGCAUGCUUAAAUGAUUUUAUUUAGCUUUAAAUGUUUUGUUUUUGUAACAGAACAGUGCCAUGUUGAUUCUCUUUAUCAUUAAUGCAUUAAUCUACAUUUAUACAUGGCAGUUAUCACAACCCAUAAAUCUGAAUGAAAAGCAAUUGGCGAUUGCUCCCAUUUUUUCAAAAAAUAAAGAAACAAUUUACUGUGACCGUGUACAAGAGGGACAGGGAGGAAAGCAGGUGGCAGGGAGUCUAGCUGAGGUGAUGGGCUGGUUCAUUCUGAGGGGCCCUGAAGUUUGGCAUUAGCCGUGAUCAGCCUGAAGUUUCUUUCCGACUUCCACACCACGAUCUUGGCUUCUUUCUCUAUUCAGUGAAGUCUACUGAAUGGGAUAGGUCAGGCAUAGGCAACCUCGGCCUGCCAGAUGUUUUGGGACUACAUUUCCCAUCAUCUCUGACCACCAGUCCUGUUCACUAGGGAUCAUAGGAGUUGUAGUCCCAAAACAUCUGGCGGGCCGAGGUUGCUUAUUGCCUGGUAUAGGUGCGUAACAUUAAUGAGACUGUUCUGUUUGUCAAAGGAGUUUCAAGAAAAAGUAUUGAGGGUUCCAAUGGAAAGUGGUUCACACCAUCACAAUUUCAGACUGAAGGAGGACGUAAACACUGGAAAAGGUGGAGGACAAGUAUCCAGUGUGGGAAGACUUCAUUAGACACAUUAAUAAAGGUAUGUAGUUCACUUGUAACAGCCGUAAUUUUAAUGCCUCAUUUUCUUACUUGCAACUCCAAAGGAAUUUCAGAAGAUACCAUUAAGGCUUUACAGAUAAAAAUCCACAUAUUUUAUUCUUAAAAUGAGUAUUUAUUUUUAAACUGCCUUGAGUCCCCUAGGGAAAAAGGUGGGAGAUAAAUAGAUAGAUUUAUAAUGAUAGCUUCAAAUUCUACACUAUAUAACUGGAGUUACCUUCAUAACACCCUUACGUAAUAAAGAGGGAGGAGAAAAAAGAGAGAGCAAGAGGAACAGAUGGAGCUCAGGUGCUUCAUCAAAAACCACAAAGUGUACUUUCCCUGACUAUCUGUUAUCCCAACCCCACCCUUGCUGACGGGAGGCGUGCAAGGUAGUUUCCUUGUACCUGACAGUGAGGUCAGAGGAAAAUGAAUUGCCAUUUGUUCCAAUUCAACCCCAAGCAGCAGGUUUUCCCUGGGGAAAGCGGUGGGACAAAUAAGUGUGGAUAAGCCCUUAGUAAUAGAGUGGUACCUUGGGUUACAUAUGCUUCAGGUUACAUACGCUUCAGUUUACAGACCACGCUAACCCAGAAAUAGUACCUCGGUUUUAAGAACUUUGCUUCAGGAUGAGAACAGAAAUCGUGCUCCGGCGGCGCAGCAGCAGCAGGAGGCCCCAUUAGCUGAAGUGGUGCUUCAGGUUAAGAACAGUUUCAGGUUAAGAAUGGACCUCCGGAUCGAAUUAAGUACUUAACCCGAGGUACCACUGUACUGAGUCAAUUAACAUCUGCAGUGGGCUAAGAAACCACUGUUUCUCUUCAGGCUCAAAUGAAUGUAAUUCAGCAGUUUCACAUCAGAACCAACUUUUACAUAUCAUUGUUCAUGCAUGGCAACUUUAAGGUUAGCAGCAGAAUGUCCCAGCGGAAUGAAAUAUUCUCCUACUCUAUUUUAAACAUAUAUAACAUAUAUAUAACAUAUAAGGUGUCUAAUUUCUUAUGAGUUCACUUCCUAAAUUCAGGUGAUGUUUUGUGAUUCUGAUUAUGCCUCACAGUAAACCUAAUAAUUGUGAUGUUUAUUUCAGAGCGGACAGCUACCUCAUCCACCACAAAAUUCCAACAGGACAACAACGAUGGUAAACAUUUCCUUAACAGUUUUACUUGAUUUAAACUAGCAUAUGCACAGUUUAUUUAUUCACUUAUGUAUUUAGAUAUUUCCUAACUUCCCCUCACCCAAAAUGGUUGUACCACAGUUUACAUCUAAAUAAGGCAAUACAAAACAUAAUAUAUAACAAAGAAAAACAAAAAUGAGAGAGAGGAAGCUUCAUGUGUGAGUGAGAUUUGCAAUUCAAUAGGCAUAGUGGUGGGAGGCUCUUUGUCCAGCUUGCUUGCCCCACAAAAUGAUGGUGGCACACAUGAAGGACAAAAUCUAGUGCCAAUGAUGACAACAAUGGCUCAAUCCAUUAGCCAAUUAUUAUUUUUUACAAAACUCUUACAGUAUUGAAACAUGACACGAGAGUGCAAUCUUAGUCAAAGGCAGGGAUCCUGCUCACAGUUUCUUUGAAAUUUCCACUACAACUGCUCACACUGCCAAAGAAGUAAGCUGUGCUUUAAGCUAAGAAAUGGGGUACCUUUCUGGCCAUUUUUAUCUGGCCUCUCAUGUGGGCCAACUUUGGCAGGUAGAUGGGACAAUCCACAUGGUGCCAUUAUGUCACAACAUGAUUGGCAGGUCGGGCGUCUCAUCCCACUGCCAAAGCCCCUUGCAUUGGGUUCCCAAGUGCGCAAAAACCAGCUGACAGUUGUGUGCUUGGCAACCAAGCAUAGCUACUAGUGUAGCUAGCCAGGGGCAUGGGGGAUGGUGGUCUGUGCCAGGUGGUGGCGCCGGAGGGUAUCUGUAGGGUGGCACCUGGGUCUGUAGGGCAGCACGGUGCCUUGGGAUUCUGGGUGGCAGGGGAGCCUGUGGGUGGCAAGGUGGUUCCUAGGUGUUUUUCGCGGAGCCACUUGCCUUCCCUGAAAUCGGCGGCUGCCCUAAAAAACACUGAACAACUCUGGUCUGCCCCAGGCCCUGGUGGGAGUUGCUAUGUUGCUGAGUGCAAGCAAUAUUGCCAGUCCUGUGCUCAGAAUGGGCAUCUAGUGAAAGAAGCAGAGAAAGAAGCCUGUAUUUUGCAGACAUUGGAAGCAAAUGGGGCCGCCCCAGCUAUAUAAUAUAAGGGGCUCCGAAAUGGCUUCCCAUCACCACCUUUUCUAUUUUUUUCCAAGUGACACUCAACAUUCUGUAAUUGAUGUUCCUGUUUAGUCCUGACUUAGCUGAUUUGGGGAGGUUUUGAUCCUUUAGGUUUGUUCCCUAAAUAUUGUUUGCACUGCUGCAAAUCCCAGGUUUUCCCAAACAUAGUGAUGACUUCCUCUUGUUUCCGAGUGUCCAUGUUUUGGCACUCACUACCUGAGUUCGCUCUCCCCUAGGAGAUAUUUGAGCUAUCAAGGUCAAGCCUAUGGUAGCAGUCCAAAUAAGGUUGGAUCAAGAAAAUGCAGAAUUCCCUGAUAAAAUAAGCUCAGUUUCACAUAUGCAACUUAUAAAAGGAAUAAAACGAAAACAAAAACAGGAGAUAGAGGCAUUAUCUUUAUUCAGAAGCUGAAAAGUCAGUCAUGACCAGUGAGUAAUUUUACAAGGGCACCUUAUCUAAACACCCUCUCUGCUUAUUAUAGGGCCCAGUAAGUUACCUGUGUUGGCUUCCUGCCAAAAAUGUUGGGGGAAGGUUGGAUCAAGAAAAUGAAGAAUGUCUUGAUAAAAUAAGCUCAGCUUCACAUAUGCAACUUAUAAAAAGAAUAAAAUAAAUAAAUAAAACAGGGGCAGAACCUGAAAAGUCAGUCAUGGCUAUUUAUUAGUGUUACCAGUGGUAGUCUAAUCAACAGUGAGUCAACAGUGAGUAAUUUUACAAGGGAGCCUUAUAUAAACACUCUCUCUGCUUACCUUUUAGGGUCCAAUAAGUGUUACCUGUGUUAGCUUCCUGCUCUUCAGGUUGUCACAUAAGUACUAAACCAAGAAAAUAGGAAGAUGCUGAGUAUAUCUCAUGUAAUAAACUGAAUAUAUUUAAAGAAAACUACCAGAGGUUAUUUGUUGCAUCAAAAAUAACAAAAUCUGUUUUUUAAAAAAUCCUCUUUUCCACACCAUUGUUUACGGUGGUACCUCGGGUUAAGUACUUAAUUCUUUCUGGAGGUCCGUACUUAACCUGAAACUGUUCUUAACCUGAAGCACCACUUUAGCUAAUGGGGCCUCCUGCUGCUGCCGCGCCGCCGGAGCACGAUUUCUGUUCUCAUCCUGAAGCAAAGUUCUUAACCUGAAGCACUAUUUCUGGGUUACCUGAAGCGUAUGUAACCCGGGGUACCACUGUAUUUUGGUAAUGAUGAUGUGUCUGCCAGCUGAAUAUCCUUUUAAACCACAUUUCAGGUAUUUUGCCCUCACAAGGUGGUGUACAAGAAACCCCACAUAUUGAAACUCACCCCCCCCAUGCAUUUUGAUAAAUUUAUUUUUUACAGUGACUGUUUUUUCCUCUUCAGUCUGAACAUGAUGAUGUAUGUAUUGUGUGUAAGAAAGAAGAUUCACUGAUAUGCUGCAGUUCAUGCCCAAGAUGCUUUCAUGAAGAUUGCCAUAUUCCGAAAAUAUCUGCUGAGAAAAGGUAGCUCCUCCACCUCAAUUUCUGUAAUAAGCUGAUCUAUGAAAUAGCCAGGAAACCCCUGUAUUAACAACAUCAAUAUCUUACAACUAAAGCAUCUGCUAUAUUUGCUAAGUAGUGCAAAGUCACACAACAUGAAUUGUAGCCCAUGACUCAGGCUAAAACUGCAUCUAUUUGAAGCCCAACAAUAACUUGCUAAGCUCUAGGCAUCUCAACUGUGGACAUCUGAAUUAAUGUUGGCAGUAGUGUGGUUUGCAUUUCACACCAAUUUUCAUAUUAUUCUCAUGUGGAGUUGAAGGGAGAGGAGUGAAGAGAUGGGGGGAAGGUAAAAGCUCCAUUGUGCUUUUAGCUAGCUCCAGCUAAACAAUUGUUCUAGCUUGCAAGUUAGCUCUGCGGUUAGAUAGUGGGUUUCCUGUCUGCAGUCAUACUUAGCUGAAGCAAAAGAAACUCAGCUUGAUAGGCCGGUAGUGGUUCAUAUCUGCUUCAGUUGUGGUGAGCUUGUGGUGAGCUAACUUCUCACCUCAGCUCUGCAAAAUGCAAACAUUUUUAAUGCAGAAGCAAACAAAAUGCAAUGGAGGGGAGGAGGGCUCAGCUAGCCCAAUAAGGUAAUGAAAUGUAUCUCUGCUUGUUGAUUGGGGAGCAACUGGGGGCAAGCUUGAAAUUACUGUAUAAGACUGCUUGGAAGACAAUAGAGGGGGGGCCAGUCUUUGGAAACUAUUCCACUGGCUACCUCUGCGCAGAAUUUGCAAUAAAGCCUUUUUCUCUGUGGAAACCCACCCUGGAGUAUGUUUGUCUCCUUCAUGGUACCAGCAGGGGCAGGUGACUGGAACCGGACCCCUUAGGAUCAGAUAUCCUAACAUAUCUAAGGUGCAAGUCUGUAUAAGGAAAACCGCACAGAUUAAAACAUCUUGUAACAGGGAAAUGAAUAUUAGCUAAGGUAAACAAAACUAUAACAGUAGUUUUCAGUAAUAUGUUAUAGCCAACUGAGUAGCAUUACUUUCUUUUAUAGAACACCUAGUUCCCAUUGGUGCUUAAUGAGAAUGAUUAUUAUGACUAACCAGGGCUGGCCCACCCAGGAGGCAAGGUGAGGCAAUUCCCAAGGGGCCAAGUUGCCUUCACACACACCCCUCAAUAAAAGAUGAGGGAGCUGGGCACCCCAAACAUUGAUGGGCAUUGCCAUUCAAAUGGUGUGGGUGCACUGCAUCAUGUGUUCGAUCAUGUGGGGCAGGGCUUACCCCCCCAUAUUUUAUUCAAUUUGGCCUACAUCAGGAUCCACAGGGGCAGCUGAUCUGGCUUCAAAGGAAUGCUCUUUGAAGGCUGGUUAUUAUGUCCCCUCGGCAGCCUACCCUGUUCCACCUCCACAGCAGUCAGUGAACAGGAGAUGCUGCUACUCUCCUCCCAAACCUAGGGAGGAAACGGCAGGGUCUGCCCUCUGGGGUCUGCUGGGGUCUGCACCCACCUGUCAUGAGUCAGAGUGAGCCCCUUUCCCCCUGCCCCAUGACAGCUUUUGAUUUCUGCUUCAACCAACAGGUAAGAUUGAUUUCCUUUGAUUCCUAUCAGGUAUUCUAUUUCAAGCAUCAGGUACGGUUGAUUUGAUUCCCUCCUAGUUCCCAAUGUAGAUAUUCACUCACCCCUCAGGUGCCAAGACGUAUUGGACUGGUCCUCUGACUAAGGUCUUUUCUUCUUAUUGGUUCUGAUGCUUAUUCAGCCAAGGAUCUGUUAUCCUAUGUCUUUUUCUGAAAGCAUUGUUUGUUUAAGAAUGACCUGGUUGUAUGGCAAACUUGCAGAAUUAAUCACAAAACAUUAUAAUCAACAACUACCAGUGUGGCAGUAUUAAAUACAAAUUGCAUUCAAUGGUAUUAUCACACUUUGUUCUGCUUUCCAGAAAUAGGUGGAAAUGCACCUUUUGCCACUGCCCGAAACCAGCAAGCGACCGUCCCCGUGAAGAGCAUCUGGUUCUGAAAUGGCAGAUGCGUGGCAGGACAAUUGUGGUGAGCUACAUCAACCUUUUUCUAUUGCAGUUAAACGACAGGAAACAUAGCAAAAAUAGGGCUGUGACAUUAAUUGCUUAAAAAUCUGGGAUGAUCGAAACCUUGUUUCCCAUUCAUUAAGCCUUAGAGGAAACUGCUAUCCAAUAUAUAUAACUCAAGGUGUUAACACUAGCAUAAAAGCCCUAAAUGGCUUAGGAACCAAAUAUCUAAAAGACCGUCUGUCAGGGUUUAUGGGUUCAGAAUCAAUCCAAGUCCCCCAACAGGUAAGCCCAACAGAGACCCCAUCUCCUCAGAGUAUUGCGGAAGGAUGAUGUCAAUCAACAUUUGAUGAUCUCCUUCUACCUGUCAACAAUAGAAAAUGUCCUUUCAUACUGCAUCAUGGUGUGGUACGCUGGUUUGACCUCAACUGAUAGGAAGUGCCUACAGAGGGUGGUGAAUACAGCACAAGAUAUUAUGGGCUGUUCCGUGAAUCCGCUGGAUGAAAUAGUGGAAGAAUGUUGCCUCAGGAGAGUGAGAGAAAUUCUCAGGGAUGAUUUACACCCUGGCCGGCACUUUCUUGAUCUCCUGCCCUCAGGCAGAAGAUAUAGAAGCAUGAUUAGUCGCACCAACAGGGUAAAGAACAGCUUCUAUCCGUGGGCUGUUAGGCUGCUGAAUGAAAAGAUAACAACAAGGCAACUGACUUUCAGGUUUGGUGGGUGUGCAUCAGUAAACGAGGGGAAUUAAGACUAAGAUUGCUGAGUGGGGGGUGCUUGUGUAAUCUCACUGUAUACAAGUUGUACAAGUGGCAAUAAAGUAUUUCAAUGGUGCUACCACCCCCUUCUUACAGAGGAUGCCUGUGGCUCACUGAGAUUCCAAAAAGUGACAGCUAAAUCACCACUUUCUACUGCCUGAAGCCUCCAGCAAAAUGAAACACUUACACCAGAAGUUUUCAACCUUUUUGGGUCCAUGGCUCCCUUGACCAACUACACUCUUUCUGUGGCACCCCUGUGGGGCUCAGGAGCCCAGUUAUGUCACCCCUUGCCUGCAGAGCCAGCAGCAUCUCAUCCUUUUUCAAACACCCUCCCUUCUGGAGGGGUCUCUCAGUCUCCUCUCCCUUCUCCUUGGGAGUCCUCCGGGCAGCCACUGCCGCCACUCCUGAUCUCUGAGCUGCCCCCCCGCCUCAAAGAGAGGUGCCUCCUCACACUGCCCCACAGGGACCUGGGAAGCCCCCCCCCCACCAGCCAGUCCCAAAGGCACCAUUUGCCUGAGGAGCUUGCAGCCAGGGCUGCUGCAACAAACAGCUGCACAAGCCUUUGGGAGGCAGAGACACAAGAGGGCAUCAGAGGAAGGGAGGGAAGGCAAGAGGGACAGAGGCCAGUGUUGCCCAGCACAUUGACUGAAAACCACUGACUUACACAAAAGCCAGAUGUGACUAAAGAGAUCUGAGGCACUGGGUUUCGACCAAGGCAAGGCUCCAAAUCAACACACAAAAGUACAUAAUAUUUAUUUAAGAUUACUAAAUAGCAGCAAUACGGACCAACAUCGCUAGCUUUGCUUAUCAAAGUUAUUGUUACUGCUCUAUUAAAAAACAAAUAUGAUGGGCUUGCUAGAAAAGAGGGUCUUGGAAAUCUUGGUUUUAGCACCAUCCUGAAAUAGUUGGUCAUGUGCUCUUUCAGUGUUGAUAUUACAGUGGUACCUUGGGUUAAGUACUUAAUUCGUUCCAGAGGUCUGUUCUUAACCUGAAACUGUUCUUAACCUGAAGCACCACUUUAGCUAAUGGGGCCUCCCUCUGCUGCUGCGCCGCCAGAGCACAAUUUCUGUUCUCAUCCUGAAGCAAUGUUCUUAACCUGAGGUAAUAUUUCUGGGUUAGCGGAGUCUGUAACCUGAAGCGUAUGUAACCUGAAGCGUAUGUAACCCGAGGUACCACUGUAUUGCUUUUGCCAAAGUUCUAAAGAAAAACAUGCAUCAGAAUAAAAUAAAAUUCAAUUUUUAUGUUAAAUUUUGUUUUGUACAUAUGCACAUUUAAUCAAUGAACUAAGCAAUUAAAGCCUGAUGAUUAAUUACAAUUUCUUAAUUGAUAACUAAAGUCUCAUUACCAAGGAAACAUUAUAUUGGUUGUGAUAUAUAUUAAGGACACUUCUUUGAAUACAAAUUUCAUUGAAAUUUCUGGGAGUUAUUUCCAAGUAAAUAUAACACAUGCAUAUUUAUUGGCAUGGGAUCCUUAUUUUAUCUGAGUCCCCUUAAAAAUCAGUUCCUUUUGUUUUAUAGAAAUGCGAGUUCCUGCUUUUGAGGAUCUGGUGUCAGCCUAAAAGUUUUCUUUUUGUUGACAAUCCAGCUACAGUAAGUCUUGUUGACUACAAUAUUUGGGACAUUGAUGCAGAAAUGGUUCUUUAAAAUGUUACAAGUGCCUGAGUUGAAAUUGCCGGAAAUUCUACAAAUAUUCUUUUCUGAUGUGCUGAUUUAACAGAUACAAAAUUAUAAUGCCGUCAUAAAGAGACCCAUGUGGCUCAAGCGCAUAGCAGAGAAGUUGCAUAAAGAAAAAUACAACGCAGUGGGAGAUUUCGUAAGAGAUAUGCGCCUGAUGUUCAAAAAUUUCCAUAAGUUUUAUGAGGUGAGCUCCAGUCUCUCUUUCCCCUACAAUUCCUUGCCAGUGCAUUUUAAAGAUGAGGAGUGAGUAGAGGAGGUAAAAUUAUAUUUCCAUUCUAAUUGAAAUAAAAAACAAAAUAAUCAGGGUAGGGAAAAGUGAAAGGUGAUUUAAUCCAUUUUCCAUUUCUUCCUCCCUCACACAUGCUCACAACCUCUCUCACAAUGAUCACAGUGUCUCAUAGUCAGCAAUCCAGUACAUUUCCGAGCACAAUUAAAGUGUUCCUGUUGACCUUUAAAGCCCUAAACGGCCUCAGUCCUGUAUACCUGAAGGAGCGUCUCCACCCCCAUCGUUCUGCCCAGACACUGAGAUCCAGCGCCGAGGGCCUUCUGGCGGUUCCCUCACUGCGAGAAGUGAGGUUACAGGGAACCAGGCAGAGGGCCGCCUUGGUAGAGGGCCUACUUGGAGGGCCCGCUCUGGGGAAACUCAGCCAGAUGGGCAGGAUAUAAAUAAUAAAUUAUUAUUAUUAUUAUUAUUAUUAUUAUUAUCCUCAUGCAUUUCCCAAGAAUUCCACCUGGCAGCGGCGGAGCAAGCCAAUCAGGCGCCUAGAGCGGCGCAAGCUGGAGCAGGACACACCUCAGGGUCUCUGAGGAGUCUGCCUUCCUCCUCUCUCACUCAGCCGCCCUACAGCUGAGGGGGAGGCAGCGGGCAGGUUGGAGCCUGCGGGUGCUCAAGCCACUGUGUCACUCCCAGGAGAGAUGAGUGGCUCGGGCAUGCUGCAGGCCCCACAGUGAGUGCUGCCCGGCAUUUUGUCACCCCCCAGUGGUGACACCCGGGGUGGUCUGCCCCCACCGCACUCCCGUUUCUCCACCACUGCCACCUGGAACCCCUUUUGUCUUUAAAAGCUUGGUGAAUGUCUGUGGUUUUUACAGUAAAAGUAACUCGUAACUUGUGUGCAUUAAGCUUUAUGCACUUGACAACAAAUAAUACAAAGAAAUUAAUAGGAGGUAGGCAUCUGGGGGGAAAUACUUUGGUAAUCCCACCUGCCACUGAACCCAAUGUGUUUUGACUAUACACGAUUUUGGCUUUAUGCUCUAUCCUCAGAAUGUAACCCCGGUGUAAAGUGAGAGUCAUCUGUAUAAAUCACUGAGAAUCUACUAUUUCAUUGCACUGGUGAAUAAGUUGCCAACAAGAACCUGAAUAGUCUGGUAGAGCAGGACAGCAGAAAUAUUUAAAUACAUAGCUUCCCUUGUUGUAAGUGUUUUGAAGCAAAAUGGUAAAAUUUAAACAAAUAAAGCAACAAGCUCCACACAUAUCAAAGUGAACAUUUUAAAUUUUUUUUCUAGGGCAGUGACAUGGUGGAAUAUGGAAGAGAACUGCAAGCUGAAUUUGAAAAUAGCUUUCGGGAAGUGUUUUCUAUUCCGUAACAAAUUUUUUAAAUUCAUCGGUUUUCAGACAUGUGGGCCAGUUUCUCAGCUAACCAACUUUCCAUGCAUUAUGUAAAAAUUGGAUUUCUGUAUAAGUAAUACUUCAUGCCAAAUUUUAAAAAUGGUGCUUUAUAUAUGUAUAACUUCAUUUUUAUUACUCAGGAGGAUACAUAAUGCUACCUGCAUUCUUUAGGAUUUAGAAAUUGAAUUGCCAUGGGGAUUUUAGGUGGGUUUUCAGGAAGUACAGGGAAAAUUUAUUCUAUGUAUUCAAAUUAUUUGGCUAAAGAGUCAGAUUUAUAACAUGGCCAUAGCAAUGGUUUCUUCCAUUUCCUUAGCUUAAUCCAGCGCUUUUUUCCCUUAAAAAAUGUUUAGAGGUACUCUCAUUUUCCUACUCUUAUUGAAACACUGCCCCUGAAUGAGGCCAAACUUAGAUUCACAAAAUGUUUAGGGUUAUGGAUACCCCUGUGUCCCCCCCAGAAAAAAUGCACUGGCUUAAUCCCACUCUCACCUCACAACACUAGCUGUGGACAAGGUGAGAAAAGCAGGUUCAGAGGUUCCAGCUGUUGCAAAACAUUGCAGCUAGUGCUAGAUUGUUGAGGGGAACAGAUUAUCUCCCCCAAUAACUGCAGUGCUCAAAAGUCUGCAGUGGCUGUCCAUAUGCUAGCAGGCCAGGAUCAAUAUUCUUAUAAUGCAGGCAUCCCCCUCUUAUGUGUGUGCCAAUUACACGUGACCUUGUAUAUGUGUGGUGCUGGAAAAUAAUAUAAAUGGAAUCGUGCCAGGAAAGGAUGGGAGAGAGCUGGAGAGUCCUCAUGGCUCACCAGGAGACUCUCUUCGAAGCCUGAAGAGGACAUAAGUGAAGGUGGAGGAAGUCCCAAAGAGUGUUAAGAUGUGGAGCUUUGUUUAGGCUACCUAACAGCAGCUGCAUCCAGCCUCCAACCUAUCCUCCAGUCUCCAGCCAGUCCCAACUCUAGCUGAAGAGAGAGAGUUGUGGAGAGAGAGAGAUGUAGGAAUAACGGAGGACGACAGGAGGUUGGAUGCAGGUGAGCUGUGCAGAAGCACGCUGGCAAGCAUGCUUCAAGACAAGCUGCCGGCUAGCUCUGUAGAGGCUCCUUUUAUUAGCACAAUAUGUAAAACCAGUCAGAUACAUUUUGGGCUGUGACCUUUACACAUCUUCCAAUCCCGAGAUCGAGGGGUGGUUCAAAGUUAUUUUGGCACCUGUUUCCACCGCGUCAUUUUCCCCUUGAAGAAUGUGUGAUGAAGGAGACAAAGGUCACAGACAGGGCACGCCAGACCACUAAGAGUAAAGGUUAGAUAGAGGGCAUGAUGUUCAGACAGCUGUGGCUUUGUCUGCAGAUGGAAGUGUGCUCCACACCCGAAGGUCACGCGGUCAGACAGCUGAGGCCUGUCUUCGGGUGGAAGUGUGUUCCACACCCAGCAAUCAUUCCUUCAAGAGAGAGAGAGAGUGUGCAGGAGAGCAGGGGGAAAUAGACUCAACAACUUUCGGCUCAACAAUUUGGGGUUUUCCUUAAAAAAACCUCAACAGCUUUAGGGGUGUCCAGAUUUUUACUCCUUGAAAUAUGGCAGCCCUAACUGCACGAGGGCCCAGAACAUAACCUCCACAUAAGUGGGGUGAAACCUAAAAUUUACAAGGCUCUUAACAAUUUGGGUUCAGGAUGCCUCAAGGACCACCUAAUCCCUUAUAUCUCUGCCUGAUCAGUGUGGUCUUCAGGAGUCACUGUUAAUGGCAUGGCACAGAUGCAUGGCUUGGAUUCGCUAGGACAUGUGCAUUUUGUAUUCUGGGUCCAAUUUUAUGGAACUCCCUUUUAGCUGAGGUCAGACAACCUCCCCUCUCUUGAACUUCCAGAACAUACUGCAUUUCUAUUAAAAAAAAAUCCAGUGGGUGUAUCAAUGUACAUGAAACUAAGUAAGAGAGUUAGGACAGCAGGCAGAGAGAGAGACUUAGUGAUAGAGGGAAGGCAGAAGUUAAGGGAACAGCUACCAGAAAGCGAUUCAGCACAGAAAGUGUAGAGAGAGCAGGAGGGUCAGAGACUUAGGAGUUAAAACUUGCUUAAAUAAAGGUUUUUUGUUUUGUUUUAUAGUACCCCUGCCUGAUCCUUAGUGAUAAUUAACACCACUUGAAACAGUGGGCAAUUUAACUGAAGUUUCAAUUAUAAUUUCAAUUGAUUUUUAUUUUUUUGUACUGCAUCUUUGUAAACCACUUAGAGACUAUUGUAGUUAAGCAUAUGUAAAUUCUUGAAAUAAAUAAAUAAAAUUUUGCCAUCUGGACAAA